AUGAUCAAUUUAUUGGAGGACCCACACGUUAAAUCGUGUGAUGAAAUUCUUCGUCAUUAUAAUGUAGAUUGUGAUGUAGGUCUUUCAUAUGGACAAGUAGAACAAUAUACUCAAUUAUUUGGCAAAAAUUCAUUGGAGGAACCCGAGAAAACCUCUUACUGGGCUUUGAUACUGGCUCAGUUUGAUGAUUUGCUCGUUAGAAUCUUGCUGGGCGCAGCUCUGUUAUCAUUCUUCUUCGCAUUAAUUGGAGAUAAUGCUUAUGAAGAAGGGAUUUCAGCAUUUGUUGAACCGAUUGUAAUACUGUUUAUUUUAGUUCUUAACGCAUUUGUUGGAGUUUGGCAGGAAUCAAAUGCAGAAAGUGCUUUGGAAGCUUUAAAGAAGCUUCAGCCGAAACUUGCAGAGGUGCUAAGGUGUGGAAUUUGGAGUGAAAUAACAGCUGAAGAUCUUGUACCGGGAGAUAUAGUUAGGGUUAGAGUUGGCGACCGUGUUCCUGCCGACCUUCGUAUCAUUAAGCUCUUGACUUCUUCUUUAAGGGUUGAACAAAGCCAGCUUACUGGAGAGUCUACAGGAGUAUUAAAAGAUUCCAGCUCUUUGGAUGUAUCAAAGAGAAAUAUUGAAAUUCAAUCAAAGACGAACAUUUUGUACUCUUCGACAACCAUUGUUCAUGGAUCUUGUAUUGCAUGCGUUGUCUCAACAGGAAUGCAGACUGAAAUUGGAGCCAUUCAAUCUGCAGUUCAAAAAGCUUCAGAGAGUACCGAAGACACCCCUUUGGGAAAGAAGAUUGAUGAAUUUGGAAAGAUUUUGAGCAAAGUUAUUGCUGUAAUUUGUCUCAUUGUUUGGGUCAUCAACUUCAGAAAUUUCCAAGAUCCUGCCCAUGGAUCUACGAUUAAUGGUGCAAUUUACUACUUAAAAAUUGCAGUAGCUCUGGCAGUAGCUGCCAUCCCAGAGGGACUUCCUGCGGUAAUCACUACAUGCUUGGCCCUUGGAACUAGAAAGAUGGCUCAGAGAAAUGCAAUUGUCAGGCGCCUUCCAUCUGUUGAGACUUUGGGAUGUACAACAGUUAUAUGUAGUGAUAAAACCGGUACACUCACAACCUCUGAAAUGUGUUGUGUCCAGUUUUUUGUUCCAAGAAGUUUUAUUGCAAUUGACAAAUAUACUGUUGAAGGCCAUUCAUAUACUCCCGUUGGAGCAGUUUGGAUGAGUGAUGGUAUUAAAACACCUAAAAUGUUUGAGAACAUCACGGCAGAAGAUGUGAACCUCCAGUGGAUGGCAAAGUGUCUGGCUUUAUGUAAUACUUCCCAGCUUAACCUUGUCGAGGACAAAUUCAAGAUUCAAGGCGAACCCACUGAAGGUGCUUUGAGAGUUUUAGUUGAAAAGCUUGGAUGCCCAGAUAUCAAGCUAAAUGAAAGAUAUCAAAAUAAGGAAAGCUCAAGGACAUCAAAAACAUCAAGUGUUUUUAACGACUACUGGUGUACAGGUGUAAAGCUAAUCACAACAUUGGAGUUCCAUAGAGACCGAAAGUCGAUGAGUGUUUUAUGCAGAGAUACAGCCGAUGUUAAUGUCCAAUUGGUUACUCAUAGAAGCUCUGGAGAGACUGAAACAUUUGAGAAUUCAAAUGUUUUAUAUGUUAAGGGCGCUCCAGAGGGUAUUUUGGAGAGAUGCAGUUCUUUCAUGAUGCCUGAUGGUACAAUUGAGCCGAUUACUGAUUCAUUCAAGUCUCUGGUUUUGGAUCAAGUGACUACUAUGGCUGAUAAUGUGCUUAGAACCCUGGCAUGUGCAGUAAAAGUUGAUGAUCUUGGUGAUUUAAGCACCUAUAAUGGCCAACCAAAGUCUAAAGGAGCUGUUUUUCUAAGUGAUCCCUCGAAUUUUGUCAAAAUUGAAAAAGAUCUCUGUUUUAUUGGUGUCAUGGGAAUCUACGAUCCACCAAGACCAGGCGUAAAGAAUGCAAUCCAAAGAUGCCAGAAAGCUGGAAUACGAGUUUUCAUGAUUACCGGUGAUAACCGAAAUACAGCCGAGGCAAUUGCGUCUUCUAUUGGGAUAUUGAGAGGGCCAAAAGAGGAUUGGGAUAUUUCAAACUUCAUCAAAGGAGACAACCACUUUUCAAGCUCCUCAACGAUCCCAAGCACUGUAGGUGCAUUCAUGUUGGAAGAAAACAGCAUUUCUAAUGGUCAUAUCAAUUCUGGAAAAGGAAAUUUGUUCCGUUCUGGUAGUGAGGUUCUCAAAACUCAAUUUACUAGAUACUGUUCACUAACAGGAAGAGAAUUUGAAGAUCUUUCAGAGGAAGCUAAACUCAGAGUAUUAAAAGAGUCUUACGGAGUAGUUUUUAGUAGAACAGAGCCAAGACAUAAGCAGGUUAUUGUUCGUCUUUUGAGUGAACUAGGUGAAAUUACUGCAAUGACAGGGGAUGGUGUUAACGAUGCCCCUGCCUUAAAACAAGCAGAUAUAGGUAUUUCUAUGGGAAUUACUGGAACCGACGUUGCGAAAGAAGCUAGUGACAUGGUUUUAGCUGAUGACAAUUUUGAGACGAUUGUUGCUGCAGUAGAGCAGGGAAGAUCUAUAUAUAUGAAUAUGAAAGCAUUCAUAAGGUAUCUUAUUUCAUCUAAUAUUGGAGAGGUUGCAUCCAUUUUCCUUACUGCUGCUUUGGGGAUUCCAGAAGGUCUUGCCCCUGUACAACUUCUCUGGGUUAACUUAGUAACAGAUGGUCUACCUGCAACAGCUUUAGGGUUUAACCCUCCAGACCCACGUGUUAUGAGGAGGCCCCCGAGACGCAAGGACGAUAAUUUGAUUUCAGCGUGGGUAUUUAUUCGCUUUUUGAUUAUUGGGCUUUAUGUCGGAAUCGCAACUGUUGGGAUAUUCGUUUGGUGGUAUGUUUGGGGAAUAGACCCAUCUGAUGGAAAUACUCUAGUUAGUUUUUCGCAGCUUAGUACUUGGGCGAAAUGCAAUACUUGGAUAGGUUUUACAAGCAAUCCCGUAUUUGGAUCCACCAUUUCAGAGCCAUGUACUUAUUUCUCUAUAGGUAAAAAGAAAGCAAGCACUUUGUCACUAACAGUUUUGGUAGUCAUUGAAAUGUUAAACGCACUAAACGCAUUGAGUGAAGACAAUUCUCUGCUCCAAGUACCUCCAUGGGCCAAUCCCCUACUCCUUGUUGCAAUUUUAAUUUCAAUCUUUGUUCAUCUAAUAAUUCUCUACGUACCUCCAAUUUCAGUCAUUUUCAAUGUUGUACCACUUUCCAUGAUCGAUUGGGUGGCAGUAAUAAUUUGUUCUUUUCCUGUUAUUUUGAUAGAUGAAGUUCUCAAGGCGUUUUCUAGAGGAUAUAACCAAAUUGUGGACUUCCCAGAACAAUCAGUCUCUGGUACUUCCAAGGACUCAGGAAAGAAAGCCAAUUGA